AUGGCACCUCAGGCCUCGCGCCUCAGGCCUCGAGGAGGAGGGGGAGGGGGAGGCGGGGCCGUCUGGAGGCGUUGGCGUUGGGCGGCCUCAGUGGUUGCGGUGGUGUCCGUGGCAGCGAGCAUGGCGGCGCUGAGGGAUUGCCAGGCUUGGCGGGAGGCUGGCCUCCCUCUGUCUACUACCAGUAAUGAAGCCUGCAAGCUGUUUGACGCUACCCUGACUCAGUAUGUGAAAUGGACCAACGAUAAAAGCCUUGGAGGCAUAGAAGGGUGUCUUUCCAAGUUGAAGGAAGCAGAUCCAACUUUUACUAUGGGACACGUGAUCGCCAACGGGCUGGAGCUGGUGGGCACCGGAAGCUCCGUGCUUCUGGACGAAGAGCUCGACCUCGCAGUGAAGACCAUGCUGGAGCUAGCCCAAGGUCAGCCACUGACCGAGCGGGAGCAACUGCACGUGUCUGCCGUCGACAUGUUUGCCAAAGGGCGCCUUCCCAAAGCCUGUGACCUAUGGGAACGGAUCUUACAGAAACACCCGACGGAUAUGUUGGCGCUGAAGUUUGCCCACGACACGUAUUUCUACCUGGGCUACCAGCCACAGAUGAGGGACUCUGUAGCCCGGGUUUAUCCUUACUGGUCACCUCACCUUCCCCUCAGUAGCUACGUGAAGGGCAUUUAUUCCUUUGGACUGAUGGAAACCAACUUUUAUGACCAAGCAGAAGCGCUUGCCAAAGAGGCUUUGUCAAUCGAACAGAGGGAUGCCUGGUCUGUCCACACCAUCGCCCACAUCCACGAGAUGAAAGCAGAGGUCGAGGCUGGGCUGGAAUUCAUGCAGUGCUCUGAAAACAACUGGAAGGACUGUGAUAUGCUUGCUUGCCAUAAUUAUUGGCACUGGAGUUUGUACCUUAUUGAAAAGGGUGAAUACGAGGCUGCGUUGACAAUUUAUGAUGAUCACAUUGCCCCCAGCCUCUUGGGGAGCGGGGCGAUGCUUGACAUGGUGGACAGCUGUUCCAUGCUCUAUCGCCUCCAGAUGGAAGGGGUCCCGGUUGGCGGGAGAUGGCAAGAGGUGAUGAAGAUCACAAAGCAGCAUUCCAAAGACCACAUUCUUCUCUUCAAUGACGCUCACUUUUUGAUGUCCUCCCUCGGAGCCAAAGACCACGAAACCACCAAUGAGCUUCUAGCCACUCUUCAGGAAGCGAGCAACUCUCCAGGUGAAAACAGUCAGCACCUCCUGGCCCGGGGAGUGGGUCUGCCUCUCUGUCACGCGAUGGUGGCAUUUGAGAACGGGGACCACGACAGGGUGCUGGAGUUGCUACUUCCCAUCCGCUACCAGAUCGUUCAGCUCGGAGGAAGCAACGCUCAGAGAGACGUCUUCAAUCAGCUGCUGGUCCACGCCGCCCUAAACAGUCAGGCGCCGUCCUCUCGGAACUUGGCUCGGAGCCUGUUGGUGGAACGGGACGCGCUGAGGCGGAACUCGCCGCUGACGGAGCGGCUCCUCCGGAAGGCAGGGGCGGCCCACCUCCGGGAGUAGGCGCUCGGCCAGCUGGACGGCGGCCCGGACGCUCACGGCCGGCCUCUCUCCACCGCCCUAACGUCACCCACCCGGACAGAGAGGCCCCGGCCUGCUCCCAGAGCCUCAGCGGUUCCCCCCGUGCGUGGCAUUGCCCGCCUCUUUCAUUCGGGAACCACGCCCCACGACCCUGAUGGUCGUCCCAGGGACCCUUCCCCACCCCUCCACCCCCUCCCGAAGAGGGUCCAGCCAGCCGGCCCCCUCAGAGGGCUUCCUGUUGGACUUUUUCUUCUUUUAAUCUGAAUCCCGAAGCCGCACCAGUGAUUUUGAUGGCAGAACUCGAUUCUCACGCUACCUCUGAGAUGGUUUGAGACUCCAUUAUUCAUUCAUUCAAUUGUUUUUCUUAAGCACUGACUGUGUGUAGAGCACUGUACUAAGCACUUGGGAUAGUACAAUAAACGGUGACAGUUCCCU